UUAAACGAUACAAAAAUGUCAUCUGCACACAAAAUUAAAUCGUCUGUUUCAAAAAGUAGGCUAUUUUACAGUCUUUGGCAAUGUAGACAUUAAUGAAAGGUAACUCAAUUGUCAAACAAAGCAGCUUGGAAAAUUGAGAUGGCUAGGCGGAAAAAGAAAGGAAACUCAAGAAAGCGCCCUCUUGUGUUCACAGAGAGUCCAGUUGAAGCAAGUCGUCAUUACCCAAGUCCUGUUUUUUCAGCGAGAAACCCAGUUGGAGCAGAGCUUGUUCCGGUGACAGAAAAAUUGCAAUCUUGGGUGUCACCACAGUUAGAUCCAAAUGCACCAUACACCCCACCAAGACGCCAAAGACGCUGCAGAGCAGCCUGCACCCUGGACCCAACUCAGACCCAGAGACGGGAGAUUACAAGGAAAGACGCUGCGGGUCACUACACAAGUUUACAGUUCAUCAAGAAGGCUGCGGACAAGAGAGGAAAGAUUGCCAAUGGUGGAGAAUUAACAAGUUCAUCAGAUUCAUCAGUUACCUUGACUGAGUAUGAUUUGGAAUCAUCCCCAACAUCUAAUCCCUUGGGAUUACUAUCAGGUUGUGAAUCUAAAUCAGCUGAAAAGCAGAGGCCUCGAGUUGGUGAGCUUGGCCGCACCCGUGCCCAACGAAGACGGUCACGAUCUGAGAACCUGAUCCACCAAACUUGGAAGAAUCCGUCACGAACAAACAAAGAUGUUGAUGUUCCUCUAGAAGCUAGUUCAAUCAGAACUGGCCAGAAAGAAAACAAUCAAAGGAAAUUUAACAAUCCAGGACAUCAGCCAAAAGAAAUUUCAUCUGAUGACAUAAAUGAAGAAAGUGACUGCUUUCCAUCCACCGGCAAAAAUGUGAUGAAUUCAAGACGGGUUUUAAGAACACGCUUUAACAUCGAAAACACUCAUGCCACUGACAGUGCUGAACAGAAAUCAAUCAAGAGUUCUUCACUUGAAUGUAGAGACUCCAUGUCACCUGAAAAAAAUUGUAGGCGCAGAUCAAUGAGACAGAAAUUGAACGCUUCAUAUUCUAGCGAUUUAGACCAUGGUAAGAAGAAAAGCUAUUGGCCAAAGACGAAGAAGUCAACGAGCAGAGGUUGUGUUCUUGCAUAUGACACACCAGAAGCAGAUUACGGGGUUGGUGUAAGUCUCCGCCGGCGGAGAAACCUACUACCUACUCCGGCUAAAAACAAACUCAUGAUGGGACUGUGAUGUCGUGAUGGGAUUGUCUUCAUGCCAAAGAUAGAGAUAAUUGCAAAGAGGAGCCGUUUCUCACAAUCACAAUGUUGUAUACAUGUACUAUCAACAGCUCUUCAUUGCUCUUUCUUUCAUCUUCCAUGGUUCAGGUAAGUUUUUAUUCUAACAAUUAUUUUAAAGGGAAGGUACACGUUUGGUAAUUGUCAAAGACCAUUCUUCUCAC